UACAAUUAUUGCCAAUAGCAGUUUGACUUCGUGUGUGGAAACCUCUCUUAAAUCGAGUCUUCUUGAAGAAAAGGUCUCGCUGUCGGCGGAGUUCAUUCAAAGCUGAUCGUCGGUUUUGUUUUACGUUAUGGAAAACCCGGAAGUGAGCAUGGGGAGACCCACGAGGGAAUCGAUAAAAAAUUGGGUGAAAUACUCAAUAUGUGGGGUGGUGGCGCUGUUGUGCCUGAUUAUACUAGUAAUCAUGGCGGUGUUGAUGUCGCAGAAAAAUUCUAAGGAUGACCAUGACGAUUCGACUGACCGGAGUCCCGACAAGUCCAGUCCGGGCGACCGCGAGCCUAGCUCGGGCGACCACGAGUCUAGACCGGACGACCGCGGGGCUACCACAGUCCCGGACGACCGCGGGGCUACCACAGUCCCGGACGACGAUACACUUGACUCUGACAAGCCACUGCGAAACCAGAGUAAAGAUUGGAAAACAGCGAAAUCACUAUAUCAAUUCACGGCGACAAACAUUGAUGGCGAUCUUAUAAAUUUAAACAAAUACAAAGGACAUCCUCUGAUCAUACUCAAUGCAUCGAGCAAGGCCAACCAAUUAGGCACGGACAUGGAUCACUACGAAGAAUUAAAAGAAUUAUACGAUAAAUUGAAAGGUUCAAAGAAUGAAUUAAAAAUUUUGGCAUUUUUGUGCAACCAAUUUAACGAUUCUGACAAAAAGGAUGAAACGAACGUGGAUUUCAAAGAAUUUAUUACAACCGAUAAGAAGCUUGAAGCCGAUUUAUUCACAAAAGUUGAGGUCACAGGCGAAGGAGCCCAGCCAUUGUGGAAAUGGCUGUACAAACAGUAUUGCACUGAUAUCGAUGUAACAGAUUGUAAAGAAAUUAACCAUGAUUUCACCAUAUUCGUGGUCGACAAGAUGGGCCACUAUUUGGGACGUUUCGAGUACACUAAAGAUCUGAGCUCAAUUGAGCGAUUAAUUAAAAGCACGUAGAGGUAACGUAAACCUUUUAUUUCAAGUCUAGAGGCUUGAAAACCAACGCUUAUUCAGUUUUUCAAUUGUAAAUGAAAAUUAUAAACACUUUACGAUCGCUGAAUAAAGCCUGAGCAUAAAUAAAAAUUCUGAUGGAAAUGAAA